AUGUUCGUGAUCGUUGAUCGGGUGUGCGUCAUAGACGCGAAUGAACGAACCCGGCGACUAUUGACCUCUGUCGGCCGGGUAACGAAGCGAAUCACGUCAAGAUGGAUCGAUAAAUCGGUUGCCAUGCCCAGACGUGAAUAUCAGGAUGAUCCGUUACAUGAGUGGAAUCAGUCUCGGCCCCUUCAUAACCUAUUCAGCCCGUCAAUUCAAGGGUCCAUAGUGGACGACAUGGCCCUAGACGCGGAUGAGGAAGUUGUUUUGGACACGAAUUCACCUACCGAUGACCACAUGAGUUAUUGUUGGGCUGAUGAAACCACGGUGAUUCGGAAUCAUCAGACUCGUGAUUGGAGCGCAGCGUUCGCCGCACCACACAUAUUUGCCGAUUUGCUAGACAAUUCGGUGUUUGUAUUGGCUAGUCCUGCAGGCGCACGAAAUCCCGGUGAUACAGGCAGGUGGGUUGCAGAGGACUGUGUAAGUCAGCGUUUAUUGCCUCAUAUUAACGGAAUCAAUCGUUUAUUGGAUUUGGCUCAUCUGUCCCGCGUGGACCUAUCCACGACUCGGAUGUGCUUAGCCAAUCUGAUCCAGGCCGGAGUGAUUCGUGCCCUACCAGCACCGACAUUUUUGAAACAGCUUAAUGUGCAGGACAUUGUUGGGUGUCCUAUUGUCAAUCCCGGUUGGCUAGGACUGCCCCGGUUAUCCGUGCUGUUAUCUGAUCGAUUGCUUGGCGAUGCCUGUCUGCAAUCCCUGAUCACCAACUUUCCCGAGGAUUUCAACCAACCAUAUGUCCGUAAGAAGGCACUAAUAGACAUUUUUAGAGUCUAUACACUGCUCUGUGGCUCACCCAAUUUUAGUCUCCCUCAUUUGAUAUCGGCUACUCCACAUAUACGAUUUGUGGACCUAGCCACCAAAUUGGAGGGUGGAAAUACGGGGUUCUAUGAUCCGGUUGAGGGGGACGGAGUUGCGCUAACCGCAGAAUCUUCCCCAUCCUCAUCACCACAGUUGAAGGUGAACUUUUUGCAUCUGAUUCAUUUCGGGGAAGCCAAUGGUCUUAUUCAUCGUAUUCGUUGCUAUCCAAUCAGUGAUCGAAUGGAGUCUGUCGAGCCCGAGACAAACAUAUCCGACUCCACAAACGUUCCUGCUCAUGUCACACGUACACCAAGCCAAUCGGGUCAGCUCUCCCUCUUGUCUCCGAUUCAUUCAAUCGCCACGACGUCGGUAUUAAAGACGGCUGCCUCACUGGAUGAAAAGACAUGGAACACCGUUCGAUCCACUCUGUUUGAUGGUGUACACAAUGUGGAUGAAGUGUGUGCUAUUCUCACCCGAGAACUGUGUUUGUUUGGCUCUGGAGAUACACUGAAUCCAUCCCAUUUAGUCAGCCAGCUCGCCGAUAGCCUGGUGCACCGUCUACGGUCAAAAUCAUCGCGCAAUCCCGUCUCUCGAACAACGCACACAGAUCCCUUGGUCACGGCAAAUGGUACUACAAACAGUUCGAAAUUGCCAGUUGGUUGGCUCCAACCGCCACCACCUGCUCCACUGGCACCGCAUCUGAUGCCUUCCAGUCGUUUGAAAGAUCCCACAUUCAAGUUGGUAUCCGCUUCCACCGAGGAUCCGGUGUCCCUCACACGCGCACGACUAAACCCAACCAUUCGUACAGGGCAUAACAUUCCAAGACGCAUGUCUUCCAUUCAUCAAGGCUAUUCGACCGUUGAGCUACGCUCGUUGGUCGAAAGACACGGGCAAGAUGAAAAGUCACACGGUGCAGAGAGGAAAGCAAGUCGUUGCAAUUUAAACUAUGCUUCAAAUCAGUACACACCUGUCCCUUCUUUGUACAUGGUCUGGAGAUAA